AUGGAACAGAGGAACAUUUCAGAGGUGUCUGGAUUCCUCCUUCUGGGACUAUCUCAGGUCAAAGAAGUCCAACGUGCUCUCUUCUUCCUCUUUAUACUCUUCUAUUCAUUGAUCUUGCCUGGGAAUGUCCUUAUAAUUACAACAAUCUGGAUAGACCAGAACCUGAGCUCCCCAAUGUACUUCUUCCUAGCCAAUCUGGCCUUCCUUGACAUUUGGUACUGCUCUGUCACUCCACCAAAGAUGCUGGCUGAUUUCCUCAGCCAGCAAAAGACUAUCUCCUAUGGUGGAUGCAUGUGCCAGCUUUUUUUCUUACAUUUCUUGGGAGCAGCUGAGAUGUUCCUGUUGAUGGCCAUGGCCUAUGACAGGUAUGCUGCCAUAUGUCGACCACUACAGUACCUGCAGCUUAUGAACAGAGGUGUGUGCAGCACCCUGGUGGGGGCUUCAUGGGUUGGAGGAUUUGUUCAUGCUAUUAUCCUUGUCAUUUUGACUCAUCAGCUCCCUUUUUGUGGCCCCAAUAUCCUGGACAAUUUCUUCUGUGAUGUCCACCAGGUCAUCAGACUAGCCUGCAUAGAUACUUACAGAGUGGAGCUCCUGACUUUCAUUAACAACGGUCUUGUUAUUUUGACCUCCUUCAUGCUCUUGCUCAUAUCAUAUUCAGUUCUUUUGCUCAGACUUAAAAGUAGUACAAUGCAAGGAAAGAGCAAAGCCACAUCCACUUGUGUCACCCACAUCAUUGUCAUCUUUGUGAUGUUCACCCCAGCCAUCUACCUCUACACACAUCCUUCAGAGCCCUUACCCAUGGACAAGGUGGUAGGAGUCUUCCAUACUGUGAUCUUCCCCUUAUUAAACCCCAUUAUCUACACCAUGAGGAACAAAGAAAUUAAGAACUCCAUGAAGAAGUUAAUCAAAAGGCACAAACUCUGGACUACAUGA